CUGAAAGGCUACUGGCUGUUGCUGUACCUCUUUACUAAGCUUGGAUUGCAUGUGUAACUGUUGCUUUGUUUUACUUUAUCGUCUUUUGCAGAAUGACACAGUGACCAUCAGAACCAGGAAGUUCAUGACAAACAGGCUUCUUCAGCGCAAGCAGAUGGUGAUUGAUGUUCUUCAUCCUGGGAAGGCCACAGUCCCCAAAACAGAAAUCAGGGAAAAGCUGGCAAAAAUGUACAAGACAACCCCUGAUGUAAUUUUCGUCUUUGGCUUCAGAACUCACUUUGGUGGUGGCAAGACAACCGGCUUUGGCAUGAUCUAUGAUUCCCUGGACUAUGCAAAGAAAAAUGAACCAAAGCACAGGCUUGCCAGGCAUGGCUUGUAUGAAAAGAAGAAGACUUCCAGGAAGCAGCGAAAGGAGCGUAAGAACAGAAUGAAGAAAGUGAGGGGAACAGCCAAGGCAAAUGUUGGUGCUGGCAAGAAGAAAUGAAGUAUCUAGCAGGUACUGAAAAAGAGCAUGGAUGUGGUGACUGAAUUGUACAUCAGUGAAAUGUGUGUUCAUCCUUUUGAUCAAAGCACUGUACUGCCUUGCAUACGUGCAUGUUUGCUUUAAACUUGCUUCUGUCCUGUAAGGGUUCACAUAACCACAUAUGAGCUUUAUCCUGUGCAACCUAGAAAUAAGAUUUGGCUUGUAGUGAACAAGACUUUCUGAAAGUAGUGAAACAACAUUAAAAUAAGGAAUUCUCGGUGAGGAGAAAUCCAGGAAACUCAAAGUUACUGAUUUGAGGCAUUGGUUUAGAAUGCCCCAGGUUCUGAUUCAAAGUAGUACAGUGCCGUUGCAUGUGUAACUUGACCUUUUGUGUGAAAGUAGAUGUGCAUCAUUAUGAGAACUAACUCACAUCACAGUUUAGUGCAUUUGAGAUGAUGACUGGAAACAAGACAAUUGUCAGCAUUAAAUUUGUUUAACUAUU